GCUUCAGAGGAGGACUUGGAUACGGUCUGUUGCUUCUUGGAUUUUCAGCUCGCAAGAGAGUUACCAAGAAGAAUGAGCUAACCAGUGACUGAUUUCCUAGUAUCCAUACACGCACCCCAAUCAGAAUCGGAGUAGGCGUGCACACUUAGCUGAUCAGAACCAUUAAGAAUUAUGCCCUGGCCAGAUGUAUGAGAAAGGUGGUGCAAAGUAUGUUGUAAAACUUGAUAAUGCGCUUCAGCCGAAUUCUGCAUAUACUGACUAAGAGCUUGGACUGUGAAAGCCAAAUCUGGUCGGGUAUGCGUCAAAAAAUUGAGUUUGCCAACGAAGCACCUGUACUCAGUUGGAUUGUUAUACAAGGGAGAACUAUCGUUAUGCAAUUUAAGAUGAAGGGGAAGGGGAGUGGCGACCUUUCGAAAAUCAGUUAUGCCAGUCUCUAAGAAGUUCUUGAGUAAACUUUUUCUGUGUUAAAGCAAUGCCAUCAGACAGGAUGGAUGAUUAUUCAUUCUAUCUAUUUGAUAUUUGUGGUUGCAGGUUAUGAAGCUCCAAAGUUAAGGAAACUGGCAGACAAAGUCGCUGCUGCUGGCUACUAUGUCGUUGUUCCUGAUGUACUACAUGGAGAUCCCUACAAUCCUGAAAAUAAAGAUAGGCCACUUCAAGUUUGGUUAAAAGACCAUGAAGCUGCCAAAGCAUUUGAAGAGGUGAAACCAAUAGUUGAUACUUUGAAGCAUAAAGGAAUGCAUAAAAUUGGAGCAGCUGGUUUUUGUUGGGGAGGCAAAGUAGUAGCACUACUAGCACAAAAUGAUGAAUAUAUACAAGCAGGAGUUUUGCUACAUCCUUCAGCUGUUACCGAAGAUGAUAUCGAAGGUGUGAAGGUACCACUUGCGAUUCUUGGAGCUGAGAAUGACAGCGUAACUCCACCUAAACUCGUGAAGAAGUUCGAGAAAAUCUUGCAAUCUAAGCCCGAGGUCUAUUCGUUUGUGAAGAUAUUUUGUGGAGUUGCUCAUGGAUGGACUAUCAGAUAUGAUGAGAACGAUGCUUUUGCUGUGAAAGCAGCAGAGGAGGCUCACCAGGAUAUGUUGGCAUGGUUUAAGAAGUACAUUAAGUAAGAUGUUAGUGAGGGAUGACAGCUUUUCUGGAUAUUGUGUGCCAAUUUUAUGGACUUAUUAAGAAUAUGAGUUUGAGUCAUUUGUCAAAACAAUUAGUGGUUUUAUGAUGUUGUACAGGAGAAUACUAACAGCAGUAUGUUAUGCUGUUCUGUUGUGAGUAUCUUAGGUGCUAUUGAAUUGCGUGCAAACUAUGGCACCGGUUUGAGGUGUUCAAAACUGACUCGAUGAUUCGAUAUUUAUUCGAUUUUAUAAUCGAAUCCGCUUUCACAUGACAUAAAAAUGGAUUAACAAUUAUGUAAAAUCCAAUAUGGAUACAAAACCGAAUAUUGAUUGACCCGAAAUAUUUGAUCUGAAAUUGAUUUGAUGAUUCGAAUGAACACCUCUUGCAAGGGUUGUGGAACGAAGAUAAUUAAGACCUUGCUUUUUUCCAUGUUUUUCAAAUGGGGCCCUUGAUAAAUUAGGAAAAUUUUUUAACUUAUAAUAAAUUCUCAAUUAACAAGGUUUGAUACUAUCACUUUUUAUAUGCUAAGUAAAACUUCAACCACCUACUUCAUCUAAACAAGAUUUGAUCAUAUCACCUUUUAUAUACCAAGUAAAACUCUAACCACCUACUUCAUAAUCUCGUAAUUUUUUGAGCCAUGUGCAAUUAUCCACCUUAUACACCCUUCAAAUUUGUCAAGCUUUACAAAAUU